AUGGCGCGAAAAGGAAAUCCGAUUUCGGUAAGACUUGAGAAAAAUCGUAGUUCAGAUUCAAGUCGGUUCAGUGAUUAUUAUUAUGGUAAAUCAGUGUAUCAAGAUGUUAAUAUGAGAUCUUAUUUCGGUUCGAUACGUCCACCUACGAGACUCACCUUUGGCUUUCGUCUCGGUAGGUGUCUUAUUCUACAUUUUCCCAAAAGAACAUUCAUUCAUUUAUUUCUUCCCCGUCGACCACGACGACUGAAACGACGCGAAAAAUCCAGACCCGGAAAGAAAAAGAAGAAGGGGGGCCGGUGGUGGGCAUUUGGGAAAGUCGGGCCGAUCGGGUGUCUUCAUUCAAGCGACGAUACAGAAAAAGAACGAAACGAAGUGAGAGGCCGGGAGACAGGGAAAAGAGCCGAGUCGAUCGGGCUCGACGACCGGGAGAAGAAAAAUGCAAUCUGGAUUUGGCCGAAAAAGAAGCAACGCUAUGGAUACCAUGACCGAUCACCGUCGAUAAAGAUUCUUCUUUCUAAAUCACUUCGGGUCAGCGGGGCCUUCAAGCAUCCGAAAUACGCCGGGGUUGUAAAUGACAUAGCGUUCCUGAUCAAAAAUGACGACUCUUUCAGAAAAACGAAGUUCUUAAAGUUAUUUUUCCAAAAGAAGUUCCGCUCCGACAGCCCGACGAGUCAUCUACUUAAAAGGACCCUCCCUUCAGUGCGCCCUUCCUUGAAUUUGUCGGCCGUGCAAUACUGCUUAUUGAAUACAAAGAAAAAAAUGCAUUUCGACCCCGUCGUAGUUCUCAAUCAUUUUUUGGCAUCGGGCGUGGCUGAACCAUCUACGAUGGGGGGGGCUAAUGCACAGGGAAGAAGCUUAGAUAAGAGAAUACGUUCUCGCAUCGCUUUUUUUGUAGAAAGCUCGACCGGUGAGAAAAAGUCUUUGGCCGAAGCCAAAAAGAGGUUGACCCGCUUAAUUCGCUUGGCGAAUGAUCUUCGCUUCGCGGGAACAACAAAAACCACCAUCUCGCUCUUUCCUUUCUUUGGUGCUACCUUUUUCUUUCCAAGGGGUGGGGUUGGGGUGUAUAAGAACCUUAUUUUUGAGGAUGCCCGGGAACCACUCCUGGGUAAAUUAAGGAAAAAAUGUUGGAACCUCAUGGGUAAGGAUAAGGUAAUGGAAUUGAUAGAUAAAUUCAUAGACCUAGGCGGGGUAGGAGAAUUGAUAAAGGGAAUAGAGAUGAUGCUAGAGAUCAUACUGAGAAACAGAAUAAUUCCAUACGGGUACAACUCUUAUUUGAACGAAGUUAAAAAAAUGCGAUCUUUGUUGUUUAAUAGAACAAAUACUAAUACCUUAAUUGAGUCAGUCAAGAUAAAAUCUGUUUAUCAAAGUGCUUCUCCGAUUGCCCAAGACAUCUCUUUUCAACCGAGAAACAAAACAAGAUCAUUUCGUUCCAUUUUUAGUAAAAUAGUGAAGGAUAUUCCAUUAGUAAUGAAAAAGGGGGUGGAGGGGAUCCGUAUAUGUUGUUCAGGUCGAUUAAAGGGUGCAGAAAUAGCUAGAACUGAAUGCGGAAAGUCUGGAAAAACAUCUCGUAAUGUAUUUAACCAGAAAAUAGAUUAUGCUCCUGCGGAAGUAUCUACUCGUUACGGAAUCUCAGGUGUCAAAGUGUGGAUUUCAUAUAGUCUACAAAAAAGGGGACGUGCUAUAUCCGAAACGUAG